CGCCCUUCCGUCCCUUCCCGACCCCGGUCCGCGCCGGCCGUGGCCUCGCCUCGCGGCGGCCGGUCUCGUCCGUUUUGUAGGUGCGCUCGGACUCGCUGUCGAGGGAACCGGACCGUCGUGGCGCCGCGUGGCCGCAGCAUGCAGGAUCUUAGUUCCCCGAGCAGGGAUUGAACCUAUGACCCCUGCAGUGGAAGCACAGAGUCUUAACCACUGGACCUCCAGGUGACAAGCAUGGCAGCCCCACCGCUCCCACCACCAGACCCCCAGUUUGUCCUCCGAGGCGCCCAGUCGGCGGUGCACACACUGCAUUUCUGCGAAGGAGCCCAGGGGCAGGGGCGCCCGCUGCUCCUCUCAGGGUCCCUUCGUGGGCUGGUGCACAUCUGGAGCCUGCAGACACGGAGGGUGGUCGCCACCCUGGAUGGCCAUGGGGGCCAGUGUGUGACCUGGCUGCAGACACUGCCCCAGGGGCCCCAGCUCCUCAGCCAGGGCCGCGACCUAAAGCUGUGCGUGUGGGACCUGGCGGAGGGCAGGAACGCCGUCGUGGACUCCGUGCUCUUGGAGAGCGUGGGCUUCUGCAGGGGCUCUGUGCUGGCUGGGGGCCUGCAGCGCUGGUUGCUGGCUGUGCCGGGGAGAGGCAGCGAUGAGGUUCAGAUUCUGGAGAUGCCGUCCAAGACGUCAGUGUGCUCCCUGAAGCCCGAGGCACAGGCCAGGCUGGGCAUGCCCAUGUGCCUGCAGCUCUGGCAGGCUGACUCCAGUCCCGGCCCUCUCCUCCUGGCUGGCUACGAGGACGGCUCAGUGGCCCUGUGGGACGUCUCCUCACGGAAAGUGUGCAGCCGCGUCUCCUGCCACACGGAGCCCGUCAUGGGUCUGGACUUCGACUCCCAGGAGGCCAGGGGCGUCUCAGGCUCUGCGGAGAAGGCGCUGGCCGUCUGGAGCCUGGAUGAGCAGCAGGCCCUGCAGGUGCGUGGGACUCACGUGCUCACCAACCCCGGGAUCGCCGACGUCAAGAUUCGGCCAGACCGUAAGAUUCUGGCCACCGCGGGCUGGGACCAUCGCGUCCGUGUGUUUCACUGGCGGACGAUGAAGCCGCUGGCCGUGCUGGCCUUCCACAGUGCCACCGUGCACUGUGUGGCCUUCGCUGACGACGGCUUGCUGGCCACAGGGUCUGGGGAUCAGCGCAUCAGUGUCUGGUCUCUCUACCCGUGCACGUGACUCGUGGCUCCUUGUCAGGACACUUGGAUAGCGGGAAGGUGGUGCAAGGGGUCGGAGGCCAUGGGCCACGGGCCCCACUGGUCAUGGGAAGAGCCGGUCAUUUGGGCCUCCUUCCUGCAUGGGACCUGCUCCCUUUCAUGAAGCACAGCGUCUGUGCCACAGCGACUGCCAUUUAAAGCAUAACCAGGCCAGACACUGGGCACCAGCGACCCAGGCAAGAGGCCGACCUGGGGGUGCCUGAUAAUAAACUUGUUUGCAAACCUGCAAGCUUGAGGUACGAAU